AUGCUAGAAUACUUUACAAAAACAAAGUCCAAGAAACCCCAAGCUGAGAAGACAGGAAAGGAAGCAUUGGCACGAGUCAAAACUCCGCCUCCUCUAAUCGAUGAAGAGGAUGAGCGCUUUCUUGAGCGUAUUGUCUCUGCUGAAGGCCCGCCACCGCCUCUUCCUGCAAGACCAACAUUUGGAACCGAGGCUGGAGAUCCAACUGGCAAUGCAUCCCAGGUGGUAGUUCAUGAGCAGGAUAAUCAUCAUCGACGCAAAAGCCACGAGCGCAAGAGCCAUGAACGUCGUCGAAGCAGCGACAAGGGAAAAGGAAAAGACAACGAAAAGGCCACCGCAGACUCCAAGAAAGCCAACCGUUUCUCCUUCCUCCAACGAACCUUCACCAAGAAGGACAAACAUGCCGACCUCAAACCCGCUUCCAAUGUCCCACCUACAGAAGCCCUCUCAGAAGAAGAAGACCUCUCCCACAUCCUCGACGACCUCUCCCUCUCCGCCCACAACAACAAAGUCUUCAGCCUUUCCACCGAAUCCCAAAAGCUCGUGCAGGAAUUCACAGUUAUCCUCAAAGAUCUCAUAAACGGCGUUCCCACCGCCUAUGACGACCUUACGCACCUCCUCGAUAAAGACUCAGGCACACUCUCCAAACAAUAUGAAAAAUUGCCUAGCUUCCUGCAGAAGCUCAUCACAACCUUGCCGGACAAGUUGACCAAGAACAUCGCACCUGAAUUGUUAGCCGUGGCGGCUGAAGCACAGGCCUUUAAUACCGCCGGCGUGAGCGCGAGCUCAGCGGGUUUGAAAGGGGCUGCGAAGAGCUUUUUGACACCGAGUUCCCUCAAAGAUCUAGUUACGAAGCCUGGGGCUGUAGUUAGUAUGCUAAAGGCGAUUAUGAAUGCGUUGAAGCUGCGUUGGCCAGCGUUCAUGGGGACGAAUGUCCUUCUAUCAAUAGGUCUAUUCGUAUUAUUAUUUGUUUUCUGGUACUGCCACAAACGCGGCCGCGAAGUCCGUCUGGAUCGUGAACGCAACGAGAAAGGCGAACCCAUCGAUAGUAACGGUCGUGUAAUCGAGCUUGAUGACGACCCCAUGCUCGAUGCCCCCGGACCGAGUCACGUGAACAUCGCCCGGAGUCUUCUUCUGGCAGACGCGAGCACACCGGCUCCGAUUCGUCGAGAAGGCGUGAGCAUCAUCGGGAAGAACGCCCUGAGUCUUCGGGUAGACGCAGAAGUCAUGGGAGUGGAGAGAGGAGUGAUAGGGGGAAAGAAAGGGAGAGGGAUGUGGAGCAUGAGAGACGGCAUUGAAAAUGAUGAGAGAUACCCUUAUGAUGUAUGA